UAAUGCAGUGGAAAAUAAAUAAACCCGAAAAGGAGGAAGGAGGGGGCCAUAGCCUUUCUGCUGCGGAGUCGUAAUCCAAUCCCGAAUCGAACAGACUCGACUCAUCUCCGCCAUCACCGCUUCAUCUUCUAUCUCCGUCACCAGGCGGUUCUCAGAUCCUCCGAUCCGGCAGCGUUUCAUCACUUCUCCGCCGAGAGACCAAGGAAAGGAAAGCUUGCGAAAUCGCGUAAUCGGAUCUGAUAACGUAGCUACGUGGUUCGGAUUAGGAAUCGUUUGUUUGUGUAUGCCAGAGAAUCACAGAGAGAUUAGCUUACGGAUAUGCAGAAGAGUGGCGUGAAUCGUACUCCUUCUUUAAAAGUAGCCAUCCCUCAGGGGUCGCAACAGUCGCUUAGGCGUUUAGGACUCUGCUCUCAGAUAGCCACGGGAGGAUCUCAGCAGUCUUCCCCUGUUGUAUUCCCCGAGAAGCGGAGCAAGAAGGUGAAGGCGUCUUCUAGAGGCGGCGAGAUUAGUAGUAGUGAUCCAGAGGUUAAGCCAAAAGCUGAUGAGCAUCGGAUUGAUAUUGGUGGAGGAGGGGAUGAGAAGUCUGAUUUGUUAGGUAGUCUUGUUUACUCAGGGAAGCUUUUGUUAGACAAGAGAGGGAAAGAUGAAAGAGCUUCCACUGACGUGUUUAACAAGAAAGCAGUUGAUGCAAGGCUUACUAGAAGAGCUUUGGUUUGGGGCUCUAACGUGCUACAGCUUGAUGAUGUUGUCUCGUUGACGUACAAUGUUGGUCUCAAGCAUUUCACCGUGCAUGCUUAUCCAAUUGGGAAGGGUUGCUUCACGAAACCAAAGAGAAGCCGCAAAGAUUUUCGUUUCAUUGCACCUACGGUAGAAGAAGCUGUUCAGUGGGUGGCUAGUUUUGCAGAUCAGCAGUGUUUUAUCAACUGUUUGCCACAUCCUUUAGUCUCGAAGAAACAGGGUUCGUCUGAGUUGUUUUCGGUGCCUAUUGAUACUCCUCCUGAGUUGGUCUUCAGGUGUAAGAGUGCACCCAAAAUGCUUGUCAUAUUGAACCCUAGGUCAGGGCAUGGACGAUCUAUCAAAGUUUUCAACGAUGUAGUGGAACCUAUUUUUAAGCUGGCCGGGAUUAAGAUGGAGGUUGUCAAAACAAAUAAAGCGGGUCAUGCGAGAGAGUUGGCUUCCACUGUCGAUAUUAGCUUAUGCUCAGACGGGAUAAUUUGUGUUGGAGGUGACGGAAUCAUCAAUGAGGUUCUUAAUGGUCUACUCACUCGAAGUAAUCAGAAAGAAGGGGUUUCUAUCCCAAUUGGAAUAGUUCCUGCUGGCUCUGAUAACUCGUUAGUUUGGACUGUUCUUGGUGUUAGAGAUCCUAUUUCUGCAGCACUCUCUAUUGUGAAGGGUGGCCUAACAGCUACUGAUGUAUUUGCUGUUGAAUGGAUUCAUACGGGUGUAGUACACUUUGGAAUGACUGUUUCCUACUAUGGUUUUGUUAGCGAUGUUCUGGAGCUCUCUGAGAAAUAUCAAAAACGCUUUGGUCCUAUGCGUUAUUUAGUAGCUGGAUUUCUCAAGUUCAUGUGUUUGCCAAAGUAUAGCUACGAAGUAGAAUAUCUUCCAGCGCAAAAAGAGGAUGCAGAAGGCAAAACUAGUCUUGAAAAGGAAGUUGUUGAUGUGCAAGAUCUCUACACGGAUGUAAUGAGGAGAUCAAGCAAAGAAGGAUUACCUAGAGCCUCCAGUUUAUCAAGCAUCGACUCUAUAAUGACCCCAGGCGCAGGCGAACUAGACACAUGUAGCAGCACACACGCCAGCGCCGAGCCAUCUGAAUAUGUUCGCGGAAUAGAUCCUAAAAUGAAGCGAAUGUCCUCUGGCAGAAGAGAUAUGGCAGCUGAGCCAGAGGUUAUUCAUUCUCAAGGACAGUCAACGACCCCUAAUUGGCCAAGGACAAGGUCAAAGUCAAGAACAGAUAAAGCAUGGAUGGGGUUAACAUCCGUGCAGGAUCCUCCUCCAAAUCGAUGCUCAUGGGGAAACACCGGUGCUCACGACAGAGAAGAUAUUUCAUCUACUGUAUCCGACCCGGGUCCGAUCUGGGAUGCGGGGCCCAAAUGGGACAGUGAACCAUCAGCUUGGGAUGUUGAGAACUCGAUCGAGCUGCCAGGUCCCCCGGAGGAUAUAGAGACAGGACUGAGGAAGCAAACCAUGACACCGAGAUUCGAAAAUAAAUGGGUUGCUAGAAAGGGACAUUUCCUUGGCAUCAUGGUCUGUAACCACGCUUGUCGGACAGUGCAGAGCUCUCAAGUCGUGGCUCCCAAUUCAGAACAUGACGAUGGUACAAUGGACAUGCUCUUGGUUCAUGGGUGUGGAAGACUGAGGUUGAUUAGGUUUUUUAUCCUUCUGCAAACCGGUCGACACCUUUCGCUUCCUUAUGUUGAGUGUGUAAAGGUGAAGUCGGUGAAGAUAAAGGCGGGAAAACAGACGCAUGACGGUUGUGGUAUAGACGGAGAGUUGUUCGCAUUGAAUGGAGAAGUGAUAUCGAGUAUGCUACCGGAACAAUGCAGAUUGAUCGCUCUCCCCUAUUCUAAGUUUCUAACAUUCGACCCCUCCAGAAAAGAAGAACCAAAAAUGGGAUGCAUGGAGCUAGGGAAGAAGAAGAAGAAGCUGGUAAGACGCAUUUUGUGGAGAAUCAGAGCAAAGAUUAAGAAGAUGAGAUCACCAAGAGACAAGAAUAAGAAGCAGACCAGUUUCAACUAUGAUCCUCUUAGCUAUUCUCUUAACUUCGACUCUCCUUAAACCGGCAAAUAUAUGUCUUCUUUCUCUUUUCUUCCUAUAUCAGCUUGUGCGAUAUUUAAAUGUAUGUUUCUAAUUAUAGGUAUGUUGUUUUCCUCUUCUAUGACUAUGUAUUAGGUUUCUAAUUAACAUGUUGUUUAAGUUCAUCA